AUGGGCUCCAAUGGCGACGACCAUCCUAACACGCUGACGAGUAUGACUAACCUAGCGUUGACAUUAUGCAACCAGGGCCGGUUAGAGGAGGCCGAGGAGCUCCAGCUACAAGUGAUGGAGCCUUACAAGAGGAAACUUGGCGAGAACCACCCCGACACGCUGACAAGUGUAAACAACUUGGCGUCGAGGUUAUACAACCAGGGUCGGUGGAAAGAGGCCGAGGGGCUCCAGGUGCAAGUGAUGGAGACACGUAAGACUAAGCUUGGCAAGAACCAUCCUAGCACGCUAGUGAGUAUGAAAAACCUAGCGACGACGUUAAGGCAUCAAGGCUGGUUGGAGGAGGCGGAGGGGCUUCAGGUGCAGGUGGUAGAGACUUGCAAGAGGAAACUUGGCGAGGACCACCGCGACACGUUAACAAUGAAGGAGUCUUACAAGAGGAAACUUGGCGAGAACCAUCCUGACACGCUGACGAGUAUGGGUAACCUGGCGUUGACCUUAUGGAACCAGGGCCGGUUAGAGGAGGCCGAGGAGCUCCAGGUGCAAGUGAAGGAGUCUUACAAGAGGAAACUUGGCGAGAACCAUCCUGACACGCUGACGAGUAUGGGUAACCUGGCUUUCACCUUGAAAGAUUCAGUCAAACUCCCAAGGCUAUCGAAUUACUCCAAGAUUGCUUAG